GUGAAACCAGGGUGAAAGUCCUCCUCCAGCUGAACAGCAGUUUCACUUUCUGUUCGCAGUGGUGCCAGUCCAAGAGAGAAGCUGGUGGUGUCCAUUCACACAGAGGUGCCUUCAGCUCUCAGUUAGCCUCAAGUGAACAUGGACAACUCUGAACCCAAAGACUGGAGAAAAGUGAACUGGAGUCAAAGCACCAAGAGCAAGCUCCUCUUUGAAAUCAGGAAUUACAAGACAGGUUUAUCCUCUGUGCAGAAGCCAAGGAUCUUACUGGUAGGACAGGUUGGAGCUGGAAAGUCGAGCUUCUUCAACUCAGUGAAUUCUGUUUUCAGAGGAUACACCUUCUCUCAGGCCGAUGCGGGACCACGUAGCACCAGUGUCACCAAGAAGUACCGGUCUUACCCAGUGACUUAUGGAAAAGGUGGGAAGGAACUGCCCUUCAUAUUCUGUGACACCAUGGGUAUGGAGACUGAACAAGACAAAGGCAUUCAACUGAAAGACCUCAUCAGUGUGAUUAAAGGACAUGUUCCUCAGCAAUACAAGUUUAAUCCUACGGCGCCUUUAGAAAAACGCAACCCUUGCUUCAACACAUCACCAAGUCUGUCUGAGAAGGUGCACUGCAUCGUCUUUGUGGUAGAUACAACCUCCUGCAUUAGUGACACAGUGGUUAAGAAGAUAACUGAUGACAUCCGACCAAAAGCCAUUCAACUAGGUAUCCCCAUGCUCGUUCUGAUGACCAAGAUAGAUGAGGCCUGUAUGAUAGUGAAGAAGGAUUUGCAAAAAGUAUACAACAGCAAGUACAUUGAAGAACAGGUGGAUAAGCUCUCCCAGAUUCUGGGUUUUGACAAAUCUCGAUUUUUACUUGUUCAGAAUUACAAUUCAGAAUUUGAGCUUACUUUGGACAAGGACAUCCUGAUUCUGACAGCUCUGCGACAGAUGCUGAGGGCGGCAGAUGAAUACCUGGAAGGAAUGAGAACAGUCAACUCUUUUUUUGGUUUUUUUUGGUUUUUUGUUUUUUCUUUGCUUGUUUAUUUUUUUUUAUUUUAUUGAUUUUAUUAAAAUCAAAUAACAUUCCAUACAAAUAAGUCAAGUUUUACAAAACUAGGUUUGAAACAAGUCAACCCCCACCCAUGAGAAAGAGAGCUAGGCCUACAGAGGAAAAUUUUAAGCUAGUAAAUAGAUAAAUUAAUAGGUGAAUAAAAAUAUAUAUGGUGUAAAAAAAGAGGGGAGAGAAUCUGCUUCCUCAAUUAAAAUGCUUAUUCUGAAAUGUUAUUGAUUAAUCCGGCCAGGUUCUCAAAAAGUUUUCAAUAGAUCCUCUAAGUGAGAAUUAGAUUUUUUCCAAUUUCAAAUAGUAUAUAACAUCAGUUACCCACUGACUUAAAAUUGGAGAGUUAGGAUUCUUCCAGUUGAGCAGAAUAAGUCUAAUUGCCAAUAGAGUAGUAAAGGCAAUGAUGUUAACUUGGUGCACGCCCAAAACAUGUGGCCCAGCGAAGCUAGAACUUGAUUGAAACAUUCGCAAUAGCAUCUAGUAAUUCUGAUAGUACCAAAAGUUUACCAAUUCCUUUGCACUGAGAGUAUCUAUUUGUGGUAUCUGUAAUGAAUCCAGAAAUGCAUUAGAUUGUGUCUUGUCUUCUUUAAACUCAGUAGAAUAUAAGGACUUAUAGUACUUUCUAAAUGUGUGCAUUAUAUUUUUAUGGUGAAUGAUUUUGUCUCCGUCUGUGUUGGUAAUUGCUGGGAUUGCAUUGCAAACUUCCUGCUUGUGGAUUUGUUGAGCUAAGAUUUUAUUAGCUUUCUCUCCAUGUCCAUAGUAAUGAUGUCUUGAUUUAAAAAUGAGUUGUUCAGUUUCCUUAGUUGUUAACAGUAGAAUCACCAAAGCCUACGAAAAAACUCAUAAACCUGGUCCACCUUAAAUCCAUUCACACCUCUCCAUUCAGCGUCUUUUGUGUUGUAAAAGUGUCGAUAAGCACAAGCAGCAAGCAGCCUACAAUCCCAUCACCCUCACCACUGCAGAAACGGCAAAAAGCUCUCCCAGCUCAAGCCUUGUUUAUCAGGGAGUGAAGUAGUACCUAGAGCUUCAUAGGCUAAAAAUAUAUCAUUAUUUGGAACACAUGCAUUUCAUGUGUGUUCCAUGUCUACAAAGAUCUAUGUAAGCGUAGGAUGACAGGAAAUGCAAGAAAUGUUGAACACAUACCUAAAAGACAAACUUUUUUCAUGUUUUUAGUACUAACGACAAAAUUUUGACAUGAAGUGUAUAAUGUGUGAAGACUGAAGUCCAAAUAUCAAAUAAGCACUUUCAUAAAAGGUACAAAUAUAAUAGAACAAGUGCGCUUUUAUUCAAGACUACAACCGAAGAAAAAGAAAUCAGGUUAGUGUGGCAUGUUGUAGAGACUUCUUUGACAGUACAGCGGUAAGAACUGCUGACUCCUAUUCAAAAGGUUGUGAGUUGGAGCCUUCCCAUGUCCCAAAAUAAAUGUUUUGAGUAGUGAGCUGCUCUUAUUGUUACUAGUAUACAAUAAAAACAUACAUUUGAUUUGAGUCUGUAACAGCCGGUGUAAAUUUAUGGUUCUUGUAAAGGUUAGCGUUUUUUUUUUUUAUUCAGUUUUAUUCUCUCAGUGGUCUUCACACUCACCCCUUUUUGCCGUUUCAGCAGCGGUGGGAAGAUGGGAUUGCAGGCUGAUUCCUGCUUGUGCUUAUCAACACAUUUACAAGACAAAAGAGGCUGUCAGAGAGGUGCAAACGGAUUUAAGGUGGGCUGGGUUUAUGAGUUUUUUCGUAAGCUUUGGUAAUUGUAAUGUUAAGAGGUUGAGUUGUAAAUGCAGAGCCAGCCUUUUCCUAUGAAGCGCCACACUUGGACACCUGGCAUGUUCUUGAUCUAUUCUAGUAAUUUCACUGCUUAGCUCGGAUACCUUCUUGGUUUCCAAUUUAUUUCUGUGGGAAAGAUAUGAGAUAAUCUGUCCUCUUAAGAAAGCCUUCAGGGUUUCCCAGAGUAUUCCUGCAGAGACCUCUGCGGAUGUAUUUGUCUCUAAAACAAAAUCGAUUUGUUUGGAAGUAAAUUCUGCACAGUUCUCGUGUGCUAUUAAAAGUGGGUUAAGACGCCAUCUGUGAGAAGACUAUGUGGUGCGUGAUGAUUUUAGCUCUAUUAUCAAAGGGGCGUGGUCAGAGAUAACAAUAGCGUCAUACUUACAAUAUUUAAUCGUAGGUAAGAAAUUUUUAUCUACAAAGAAAUAAUCAAAUCUUGAGUAGCAAUAAUGCACUGGUGAGUAGAAGGAAUAUGUUUUUGAGUUUGGGUUUAGAAAUCUCCAGGGCUCUGAUAAGUUGUGAUCAGUUACAAACUGUGUAAUUGUCUUUGCAGUGUUAGAUGUCAUCACCCCUGUGGCAGAAGGCCUAUCUAGGUCUGGAUUUAAAACACAAGUAAAGUCCCCAGCCAUUAUAAUUUUGUGAGUGUUCAUAUUGGCAAUGGAUGAAAAUACAUUUCGGAUGAAGUCCACAUUGCGGGCAAAAACAUUUAUCAAAAUCACUUUACAGUUAAAUAAAUUACCCAUGACAAUCACAUAUCUCCCUUCAGGAUAAGAUAUUACAUCUGGUACUGCAAAUGAGACUGUUUAAUGUAUAAGAAUUCCCACACCUAAAGUUUUCUUUAGAAACCUGGAAUGGAAUAUUUGGCAGUCCAGUCUCUGUGUAGCCAAAACUGAUUCUAGGUGAGAGAAUACUUUCUUUCUCUUUAAUUCGUGAUUCAGACCUUUAACAUUCUAGCUCAGAUGUUAACUCUUAAAUCUCUUAUGUAAACCAAGGACAUCUGAUUGUAGCUAUUGUACAUAUUAACUAUAAUGAUUGAGGUGAUUGUAAAUUUGGAACAAUUAUGGGAAAAGUAGGAAAGAAACAUAUUUCUUAUGUUUAAAAAGAAAGUUUUUGUUUUAAUAUUUAUGAUAUCAUUUUGAAAUUCUGUUUAGUUUUAGUUAAUCUUCAUGAUGUAUUUUUCCUUUUAGUGUUUUGUUUCAGAAAGAUUUCAGUUUUAGUAAUUAUGUACGGUUAAAGAGAUAUUAAGAUAGUUAUUUUGUGGCUCAAACAGACAGAACUGUAGACAUAGUUGGUUAGGAUAUCAUAUUUGUUUAAUAUUGGUAAAAGACAACGGGAUGUCACAUUAAAAAUA